AUGGCCUCGCAGCAGCAGCUCCAUGCCGGGGUGGAAGGCCAGGCGGUUGACUCUACGCACGCCAAGCCUGCUCAAAGCGCGCCCCACGUGCGCGGAUCAGCAGCUUGCGUUCACCUGACACCCUACGCGGGCGAGGCGCAGCUGCCCAUCAUCGCCUCGCUCAUUGAGCGUGAGCUGAGCGAGCCGUACAUCGUCCACACGUAUCGUUAUUUUCUGCGCGGCUGGCCACAACACACCUUCAUUGCUUGGGCCAAGGACGAGGCGGCGACCGCGGCUUCUUCCCUCGAGCGAAGGGCGGACCCCACUAUGGAUCAAGAUGAGACCAGCAGCACAGGCUCUUCUGCUCUUUCGGAUCAUGAGAGCGACGACGAGCCGGGAGCGCUGUCCAUCUCGAAAAGCAUUCCAGUCGGCGUGAUUGUCAGCAAGCUAGAGGCGCAUAGAGGCAGACAUCAGAGGGGCUACAUUGCCAUGCUCAGCGUCGCACCAGAGUGGAGAGGUCGUGGUGUGGCAACGAGGCUGGUGCAGCGUGCAGUGCGCGCUCUGGUGGAAGGAGGAGCGCAAGAGAUCGUGCUCGAGACGGAAGCAGACAAUGUCGCAUCCUUGGCGCUGUACGAGAGCUUUGGCUUUGUGCGAGAAAAGCGAUUGUUCCGCUUCUACCUCAAUGGCAAAGACUGCUUCCGAUUGGUGCUGCCAGUCACACAGACCAGUUCGAGCAACGGCGUCGCAGCUUCGGGGACAGAGCCCAAGCGACCUCCAUUUCCACCCGCGAGGUUCGAGACGCUAGGCAUCGCUUGA